CAUCCCUCGCUCGCUCGCUCGCUCCAGUCCCGGGCAGCCGCACGGCCCCUGCUGGGACACCAUGGGCGAGAUCCCCAAGCUGGUGAAAAUCAACGUCUCCCUGAAAAUCCAGCCGAACGACGGGCCGGUCUAUUUCAAGGUGGACGGGCAGCGGUUCGACCAGAACAGGACCAUCAAAUUCCUGACAGGGGCCAAGUACACGGUCGAGGUGGUGCUGAAGCCAGGGGUCGUGCACGCCACGACUAUGGGUAUAGGAGGAGUGAACAUCCCCCUGGAAGAGAAAUCAAGAGAUCCCCAGGUCGUCUGUUACACGGGAAUCUACGAUACAGAAGGAGUGCCUCACACCAAAAGUGGGCAAAGACAGCCUUUACAGGUCAACAUACAGUUUAGUGACAUCGGCACUUUUGAGACAGUCUGGCAAGUCAAAUUCUAUGACUACCACAAACGAAAUCAUUGCCAAUGGGGAAACGCCUUUGGUAGCAUCGAGUAUGAAUGCAAACCCAAUGAGACACGCAGUCUUAUGUGGAUCAACAAAGAGAUGUUCCACUGAAGAUGAGCAAAGUGGACACUGCUGGACAAUCUUUUUUUUAAAAAAAUCUACCUUUAAACCAGCACAAAGCCUUAACAAAGGCAUACUAUACAGUUGCUUUGUCCCGCGUGGUACAAAUAACAUGCUAAAUUAUACAUACAGUGGGUGCCAUUAAACCUUGACACUUGCUACUCACAGUACUUAAACUUAUCAUGGCAUCUGCAGUAUUCUUCAUCCUUGCAGUAGGGAAUUCUGCAGGCACCUUGGUAAAGUAAACACUGUGAUGCCAACAAGAUGUGGAUAAUACCCACUAAACAGUAUCACUGGAUGUAGUACCCUUGGUGAAAUACCUUGCAUUAGUAAAAUUCAGAUCCAACUUCAUAUUAGUGAUGAUUUCUGUAUUUAUAUUUGUGUUGUCCCUAAAACAUGCUCCAUUGUGCAGUUUGUCUACGUCUUGUCAUGGUAGACAGCAGAAGUGCAAGUUCUGGAUGUUUGGACAUUGGCUACUGCACUGUUGAAGUUGCGUUUUCAUAUUGGGAGACUCGGACAUACUGAGUCUCCCUCUUCUGUUAAUGUCGUAAAAUAUGCUGUGACUGGCUUUCCUCUUUUGUGAAAUUUGGUAAAAUGUCAUUGUUUUGCUAUGUUCCCCAGUUCCUGAAGUGAUUUUUGAAAAACCAAGAGAUACCAUGAAAACCAUUAGCAUAACAAAACAUACCGAAAAGCAAUAAAUCUGUGGUCUUAAAGGCAUAAUUGCACAUCUAUUGAUGUUGCUGAUACAUAUCUUUAGAGCAUGUACACUGCUCUAACAAAAUAUAAUGGUCACACCUAAUGUUCUCUGAGUUCGUCGAGAUUAUCAGUUCCAGUGGUAGUCUCAAUUUUUUAAGACUAGAAUAUUGCUCAAACCAGUAGAAUCUUUCAAAAGAAAUGAAUUUUUUGAGGUGUGAUCACUGUACUGUACUAAAACCUCCAGACUUUCAUAUCAGCCAGAAAUACUCAUCUCUGAAGAAGGGCCCAGAUCCUGCAAAUGCUCACACAUGUGACAGCAAAAGGACAGUCAAGUUGUAAGUAAAGUGCAUCAGUGCACACUUGUGCAUGAGUGUUGCAGGAUCAUGACUUAAGGUGCUAAACAUGUAAUUUCCAAUGUUUACAGCUGAGAGGCAAAGGGGAACGUAGAUUCAGAUUUCUUCUUUCAAUAAAUAAAGCAGGUAAAUUACUAUACUGUCCCACCUUCGAUCUCUGCUGGGUUAAGUUCUCUCUCUGGUAUAUUAGUUGUUCCUGUAACCCUUUGUGAAUAAUUUUUAAAUCAUGUCUGUAAAUUGUAAUCACAACUUUUGACCUUUUUAAUAAAGGACUU